UGGCGGCGUUGCUGAGGCUGCGCUGUAACGUUGCUAUGCUGUUGUUUGCUUGGAGCUGCUGCAGCGCACUGACUGGACUGUGUAGAUAACGUACGCUAACUACGGAGGAAAGAACGGCUUUGACGUUUUUCUUUUCACCACUAGCCUAUUUUUUUUUUUUUUUUUUUUUUUUUUUUUUUUAAACGAGAAGGGAUUUUAACUAACAAGCGACGUAUGGUUCGGGGGAGCGGUGUCUCCUCCCUGAGGUCGCGUCUGGUUCGUGCCCCCAGUUUUGGAAUAUAUAACUGUGUUGCUGGUUUGCCGUUUCCCAUUUCCCAGCCGUGUGUGAAACGAGGACGGAGGCCCGCAGUCUGGUGUUUUUGUGUGACUGAAUUCAACACGGCUCUUAAUGAUGUAGCUGCGGGGCUCCAGCGGCUCAAUUGAACUGGAAUUUUUUUAUUGUUGCGUGUGUUUUUUUGUGUUUGUGUUUUCUGUUUUUAAUUUCACUCAAUAAAACUGCAACCUCCUGGCGCUGUUUAUGAAGACCUUGUGUGGACAGUAAUGACCGCACGCUUCCGAUUGCCUGCCGGCAGAACCUACAAUGUCCGAGCAUCGGAGCAGGCACGGGACAGACAGCACACAGAGGUGCUCUGUAAUGUACUCCUCCUGGACAACUCUGUUCAAGCUUUCAAAGUUAAUAAGCACGAUCAAGGACAGAUCCUGUUGGAUCUAGUCUUUAAACAUCUUGAAUUGACAGAAAGAGACUACUUUGGAUUGCAGCUGGCAGAUGAUUCUACUGACAGUCCGAGGUGGCUGGAUCCAAACAAACCCAUUAGGAAGCAAUUAAAAAGGGGAUCUCCUCAUUGUUUGAACUUUAGAGUCAAAUUCUUUGUAAGUGACCCAAAUAAACUACAGGAAGAGUACACAAGGUACCAGUAUUUUUUGCAGCUGAAGCAAGAUAUUCUCACUGGAAGGUUACCUUGCCCGUACAAUACUGCAGCGCUUCUGGCCUCCUAUGCUGUUCAGUCUGAACUGGGAGACUGUAACCAGUCAGAGCACUUGCCUGGCUACCUCGCCGAUUACUGUUUCAUCCCAAACCCUCCUCAAGACUUUGAAAAGGAAAUUGCAAAACAACAUCAGCAACACAAAGGCUUGUCUCCAGCAGAGGCUGAAUUAAACUAUGUAAAUACAGCGCGCACAUUAGAAUUCUACGGAGUCGAAUUGCACUAUGCAAGGGAUCAAAGUAACACUGACAUUUUGAUUGGAGUCAUGUCAGGAGGGGUUGUAAUUUAUAAGAACAGGGUACGAAUCAACUGCUUUCCAUGGUUGAAGAUUGUAAAAAUAUCUUUUAAAUGUAAACAGUUUUUUAUUCAGCUCCGAAGAGAAGUGCAUGAAUCUAGAGAAACGUUAUUAGGGUUUAACAUGGUCAACUAUCGCGCUUGCAAGAAUCUGUGGAAAGCAUGUGUGGAACAUCACACAUUCUUCCGCUUGGACAGACCUCUGCCUCCACAGAAGAACUUUUUUGCACAUUACUUCACAUUGGGUUCAAGGUUCCGGUACUGUGGCAGGACAGAAGUACAAUCUGUGCAGUAUGGCAAAGAAAAAGGCAUCAAGGACAGAGUUUUUGCCAGGUCCCCAAGUAAACCAUUGUCCCGGAAGCUGAUGAGUGGGAUGGACUGGGAUACGGUGAGCCGGAAUUCCCUUUCGGAUGAGCGGCUGGAGACACAGAGCCUCCCCACACGCUCCCCCCCUGGAACCCCUAACCAUAGGAACUCCAUGUUUGCACAAGAAGGAACCCGCUUACGACCGUCUUCCGUUGGACAUUUGGUUGGCCACCUGAUCCACACGUCGCCAAGUCAAGUCUUUGCCAACCACAAAUCCCCCUCCUCCACGCAAGCAAACAGUAUCAGCCUGGACUCCUCCUCCCCGUCACAAGACACAACAAUAGAUGGCCAGCCUCCAGCAUUACCGCCCAAGCAGUCAAAAAAGAACAGCUGUAACCAGAUCAAUCGGUGCCACUUCCAGCAGGAGCUGGAUAACCACAUUCAUGAAAUGUAUGAUGUCCCUGUCGCAUCAGAAAAAUCAGUGCUAAAUGGUGUCGUUCCGCAUGACAAUCUUGUCCUGAUCAAAAUGAGUCCAGAUGAAAAUGGCAGGUUUGGAUUUAAUGUGAAGGGAGGUUCUGAUCAGAAAAUGCCUGUGAUUGUCUCUCGAGUGGCACCUGGAACAUCAGCAGACCUGUGUGUCCCUCGUCUGAAUGAAGGUGAUCAGGUUGUAUUGAUCAAUGGCAGGGAUAUAUCAGAGCACACCCACGACCAGGUCGUCAUGUUUAUUAAAGCAAGCUGUGAGAGCCAUUCUGGGGAGCUUAUACUACUGGUGCGACCCAACGCCAUUUAUGAAGUAGUGGAGGAGAAGCUGGAGAAUGAGCCAGAUUUCCAGUACAUCCCAGAGAAAUCCCCCCUGGAUGGAGCGCUCCUGCAUGACAAUGCGCUGAGAGAGUCCAUGUUGCAGCUACGGGAAGGGCUGAGCAGUGGAACUGUUCUGCCUCAGUUUGAUCAACUUUACAGGAAAAAGCCUGGAAUGGCAAUGUCUUGUGCCAAAUUACCUCAGAACAUUCCCAAAAACCGAUACAGAGACAUCUCACCUUAUGAUGCAACACGGGUUAUUCUACAGGGUGUAGAUGACUAUAUCAAUGCAAAUUAUAUUAACAUGGAAAUCUCUUCUUCCAGCAUCAUAAACCGGUACAUCGCCUGCCAGGGUCCUCUGCCCAACACGUGUUCAGAUUUCUGGCAGAUGACGUGGGAACAGAGCUCCUCUAUGGUGGUGAUGCUGACCACUCAAGUGGAGCGUGGCAGGGUAAAGUGUCACCAGUACUGGCCAAACCCUGGUGGAAGUUCUCAGUACGGCAACUACCAGAUCACUUGUCUGUCAGAAGAAGGAAAUUCAGCCUUCCUGUUCAGAGAGAUGACUUUCACACACUCAGAGACUGCGGAGAGCCGGGAGCUGACUCAGAUACAGUACAUGGCGUGGCCGGACCAUGGCGUUCCUGACGACUCCAGGGAUUUCCUUCACUUUGUGAGCCUGGUGCGGAACAAGAGAGCAGGCAAGGAUCAGCCACUUAUUGUUCAUUGCAGUGCUGGUAUUGGUCGGACUGGAGUCCUCAUCACCAUGGAGACAGCGAUGUGUUUGAUUGAGUGCAAUCAACCAGUGUAUCCAUUAGACAUUGUGAGAACAAUGAGGGAUCAGAGGGCUAUGAUGAUUCAGACACCAAGCCAGUACAGGUUUGUUUGUGAAGCCAUCUUGAAGGUGUAUGAAGAGGGAUUGGUUCACCCUUUAAAGUCCUCACUGCACGAGUAACCCAAGGACACGACGAUUCACUGUAGAGAGCUGUCUGUUUGCUUCACAGCUGAAGACUGAAUUGCCAGCAGCGUUUCUGGGUGCUAUAACUGGCUUUCACAAAACGCUGCCUACACAUAUCAACGAGCGGAAGAGCUUGGAUUUUUUGAGAAAAUUUAGCACUAUUGCACUUUAUGUUAAAAAGAAAAAAAAGGAGAAAAAUACUAGAUGAUGAAUGCGUUUGAUUGAGAACAUAUUUUAAUAUUGUUGUGCUUCUUUCUAAGAUGAUAGGUACUUUUAGGGAUAAAGAGAGUUCAGGGUAAAUCCAAUUAAAAUAUUUGGCUGUAGUACCAUAAAGGUGAGGGUAGCCCUCUCAGAUAACCUUAUUUACUUAAGCAUAAUGUGUAGUUUGUCCACUAAAAAGGUAAAAAAAAAAAAAAAAUACAAAUGUCACUACACCUAAUUCAUUUAAAUAUUAAAGAUUGAUAUAUGCCUUUUCUUCAUAAUUUUGCAACUCCCAAUUUUUUUUAUUUUUCAGAUUUUAAUUUGGUUAGUGUUUAACCAGUUUCCUCAAAGGAGUAAAAAUCUGGUAUUUUCUAAAACACACUAACAAAAAAAGAGUCUGAAAAAUAACAUUUAAAAACCCAAACAAACAAGAGAUCCUGCAGAUUCUUUAGUAGGAUGAGUUUUAACAUUAGAUAAUGUUUGCUUGUCACUAGAAAUAAUCAGUAGUAAGGUACUGACUAACACUGGUACUGGGGAAGAACCUUUGCUGUGCAGUAUGUGUCAGACUUGCCUUAGGCAGUAAGGUAAUGCUGCUGCCUCUAUUGGCAAUUUGUUUGGAUUAGCUGUGGCUGGUACAUAUUUUUACAGUGAUUUGACAAGUAUCAUUUCUAAUGCCAAAUGCUGUUGAUGUAUUAGUAAAUAGACAAGUCUGCUGUUCUGUUUUAAAACCCUUGCCUUGUACUGCACUCUGAGCUCUGCACUGCUUUAUAUCUUUUCAAUAGGUGUGCUGCUUGAAUCUGACCGUGUUUUUAAAGAUACUGGUAAAAAUCCUUUGCAUCGAAGCGACCACACACACAGAAACCCAGCUGAAGCUUGUCAAAUAAGCUCUUGUAAAUGGUCUGUGAAGUUAACAGACACAUCAAGUCCUGGAGAUGCGUAGGCAAUUCAGAAUAUUUUAUUUGAAUAUUUGUGUGUAGUGCAAUUAUUACACGCUGUGGCAGGGUUUUUGUGUGGAUGGUCAUGUAUCGUACAGUAUAACAAUUAUUUAUGUUGGUUCCCUUUUUAGUGAUACUACACCUUUUACACGUUGCUUAAAUAGAUUUUCUUUCUCUCUCAAUGCUCUUAUUGUUUGUCCAGGUUUACAAAUAUGAGUUUGUGCUUUCCUUUUAGUAAUUUAUUACAUAUGUUGUAACGGUAAUCAGAUCCAGCAGGUGGCACUGUUAUACAAAAUAUAUGUAUAUAUAGUUGUAAAACCUCCAUCCAAAAAACAUAUAUCUCUACUGUACAUGUUAAGCUUUUAUUGCAGUAUGUUCUGGAAUGUUUGCUUGAUUUUCUUUGACCAUGAAUGGAUGUCACUUUGUAGCUUUUGAAAGUUUUAAAUGUACAAAUCUUCAAAGUUUCAUUCAUAAGAUUAUUUCCAUUCCAGAAACACGACUAGAUCCUUAUCCUGUUUGUUUUGUGAACAUUACCUAGGCCCAAAGGCUAAAACAAAAUGCUAUCUUUUUAUGCUGUAUCCUAUCCAAGUAGCGAUGCCACCCCAUAAACGCUUUACAUGCACAGCAUGAUGAGUCGACUUGCCACGCUGUGACUGAAGGACACAUGCUUUGGCUGACUGCAUUGCCCAUGGAUUCCAGGGGACACUCCCUGUCAGACAAGCAAGCAGUUUGCAGCUGAGACAGUGGCGUGCAAUGUGCCCAGCCCUCCUCUAAACUGAAUAACGUCUUGCAGUGAAGCAGCUACUACACAUGCAUGUAUUUACACCCAGGAAGGAAAAAAAAGUCAUGAACAUUUUUGAUUUUGUUAAAACCUACAGUCCUUGUAAAAAGGCCUUUUAAUGUAAUGAUUUUAAAUGAAUCUUUAAUCUUAUUAAUAGUCUUAUUAGUGAUGUGUUUAGCAAAUAGUGAUGCUUACAUGGCCUGCUACUGUUAUAGAUAGUGAUACUAGUGAUCCGAAAGUGAAAUCCUCUGUUUUUAAAAAAAAAAAUUUUUUUUAAGACAUUAGAAAAGUAGUUUCAAUGCCAGGAUUUGAGAUAAAAUUUUGCCCUAGGUAUGUAUCGAUAUUAAUUUGCUUAAUGAAUAUAUGAAGUAAUCUGUAUUUAUAUACUGGGUAGUAUCUUGCAAGUGCUUUAUGUUGCCAGAGUUAGGUAAAUGUUUUUGGGUUUUUUUUGGCAGCUUGAAACUCCCUGUCCCUGCUGUAAAUACUGGAAGUUGAGGUGGGGCCUGACAACUUCAGUUGGUUUAACUGUCAAACUAUUUUGUAACACGCUUAUUGUAAUGUGUUUGAACUGAAUACCUUAUAAGCAAAUGACAAUAGCAAGCCUCUCUAGGGUCUUUUUUGUUUUAAAAGGACUGUUUGGGUCUUUUUUUCACAUAUGCUAAUGUCACAAAGCUCCAAAUGAUCUAGUUGCCAUUUGCUUGUGAAAAUGAAUAAUGUUUUUGAGACUGUAUAACAUAAACAGUAUGAUUUGGUUCUUCAAUUUUCCCUUUUAUUGUGGGGGGGAACAAAAAACAAUAGCAUAACCUUUAUGAUUGUAUAGAGCCAAGCUGUCUGACCUUUCUUUAGGUGCCAAUUUUAGUAUUUUAUUAUUAUUAUUAUUAUUAUUAUUAUUAUUAUUAUUAUUAUUAAUAUUAUUAUUAUUAUUAUUAGUAUUAGUAUUAGUGUUAGUAUUUUAAAACAUUGAUUAGAUGGAGAAGCUGAUUUUAUAGAGGUAACCCCACUCAUGCGGUGCUGUUGGUGGCCUCCAUGUUCUGGAAAUAUUGUAACUGUACAGUCUUUCAUAAUGCGCUUUUUUAAAAUGUUUUUUGAGGGCGAUACAGACCGUGCUUUUAAGUCAGUUGUAUUAAGUUAUUGAAUAUAUUGCAUUCGUGUCUGCAAAGCAGUUGUGUUUACAGUACACAUGCUAUUUAUGCCACACGUGUCCAGGGUGCCAGCCAGUGCAGGAGUAAGGGCUCCCAGGGGGCUGUGGAAUCCACUGCUCCAUUGCUCUGAAAUCUGUUGCUUUGUUUGUGAUGACAAAUAUAAGAUAGCAGGCUAGUUUCAGCUAAUGCCUUCAUCAGUGUGAUCAUAAUUUUUAUAGUAAAAUCACCCUGGCUUCACAAAUAAUUUAUCAAAAUGAACCCAUUAAAAGCAACUGUUGCGUUUGUGCACAGGUGUGGUGUAAAUAGGCUUUAAGUAGCUACUAUGGAAUAGAUAAUACAGACGACAUGAAAAGCUCUGUACCUUAUUGAGAGUCUGAAGGAUUUUAAUUUGUGUGUCAUGCUCUAUAUAUAAUUGAAUGUAUCACUCUUUCAGACAGGAGAAGUUUCAAAAAAGUUAGAGUGGCCACUGUUGGAUUUUAAGGAAAAAAAUAUUUUUCAUACCAUUUGUAAAAAUAAAAAAAUAAAUUAAAAAAAGAAAGAAAAGAUAAUAAAUAGUUUGUAACAAUAUAUAUAUAUACUUUAACCUGCAUAUAUAUAUAUAUAUAUAUAUAUAUAUAUAUAUAUGCAUGCAGGUUAAAGUGUUUUCAUUGUAAAUAAGAGCAAUAUUAUAAAUAUUGUCAGUUUAGUGCCAAUGUGAUCUGUAAAGUUGAAUUCUUUAUUUCUGCUUAAAGAUUGAAGUAUGCUAGUUUAUUGUCAAGUUAAAGGUUCUUUCCAAUA